AUGAACUUUACAGAUAUUCCACAUCAAUUAAUUUAUGAUUCAUUGGCGCAGUCAAUAUUUUCUGAUUCACAAUAUAGUUUUAAGUAUCCAAGAUUAACGAAUUAUGCUUAUUUUAUGGAGAAAAAAUUAAAAGCAACUCAUACUGAGGAUACAAAAAAUGAAGGUGAAAUAAUAAACGCAGAUAAUCAAGAAGAUAUUAAGAUUGAUGAAGACCAAGAAAAGAAAUCAGGCGAACAUUUAAUUGCUUUGAAUUUAAUUAAAGAUCAAUUGAACCUGUGGAAUCAGACAGGAGAGGAAAGUCAGUUAAAACCUCCUUAUGUCUGGUUACCAUCAAAGACGUUAGACAGGUCAGAAAAUAAACCAAUGAAACGAAAAAGGUCUAAACCGAAAGGCAACGGCAAUCUAUUAUUUAUGUUGGCAUCAAAACCAGAAAAAUGUCAUUCAUUUGUACAACAAAAGUCACUAAAAAAUCAAACUUUGGUUAGUGAUGACAAAAUAAAAAGAAAUGAACAACUUGAUAUAUCAGAAGAAGUUCCUUGUAUGCCACGAUGGAUGAUAUCCUGUCAUAUAAGUGAUAAAGCUUUAAGAGCAAGAUUGGUACCCUUGGCUCGAGCACAAAUACGUCGACAUAUUCGUCAAGGAAGUUUAAUAUUAUGCCCUGACAUAAGUAAUGUUGAACUGAAUAGCAGGUCAGAAAAACAAAUAACUGAUAAUAAGGUUUCAUUGACGAAACUACCAAAAGAUGGAUACGAUUUUUAUGGAGAUGAUCGACAAAUUCCAUUCACUCGAGAACUCGUCAUACCAAAUCAAAAACUUAUUUCUUUGAAUGAAUCAUUGAAAAUGAACACAGUAAGUCUGGAUCAACAUCAACAUACUAAACCAUAUUUCUUAAAUGAACUAUUAAAAUAUCAGCGUUCUGGACAUGAUAAAAGAAAAGUUGCUGAUUCUCCAAUCCAAGAACAAGAUGAAUUAAAAGCAAAAUCACAUUUAUUAGCUGAUCUGCUACCAUUUGAACAAUCCAAAUUGGAAACAUUUAAACCAACUACUCACUAUACUACAAGUUCUAUUGAUAAUAUACUAAGUUUCUACAUGAACCGAUGUUAUACAUCACCAAUUAACUGGUCAUCUUCAUUACAUAACAAUUCAGAGUUGAAAGAAACAAGUUAUGAAUUGUUUCCACUUUCAUCUAGCCAAGAAAAUUACUCUGAUGAUGUAAUACAACCGAAAAAUCUAAUAGAGAAGCAGAAUUCAUUAUCUCAUAUAAAUGGUUCAAUUGAAGAUUGUUCAACGUCAGUAGCUGUAUGGCAGACAAUGCCUGGGAGAAUACUUCGUAGGCAAAAAACUCACCAUGUAUCGAAUAAAAACCAACAAUUGAAAAAUGAUCAACUCUGUUCAAAUGAUUCAAAACAAACUAUGGAUGAAUUGAAAUUAAAUCUUAAGAUUGAAAAUGUUAGUAAUGUAUACAACAAGAUGAAUGUUAACAAUGAUACUUCAGAAGUUCAGCUGUCAAGGCCAACGGAAGAUAAAUAUGAGAGAAAUAGUGAUGGCACCAGUAGUAAUCGAUUUAAUAACUCCUACUGGUCUAGUCGACGUCAUCCAGGUUAUAUUGAGCGUUUGUAUACAAUAGGUUCUGUUUCAUGUCGUAAAAACUUAUAUCAAGACAACGAAAGUCAAAACAAUUUUAAAAGAAACUACGUCUAUCCAGAAAAAUACAAAUUUUUGAAUUCAGUUGAUUUGAUCACCUUGAAGCCAAAAGUAAAAUCUUUUCUACCACAAAUACGUGACUCUUUCUCAAAAGAAAAACACUGGCACAGAAAUAUGUUGAAAAGUAAUUCUUUUGAUAAAACUGCUCAAGAUCAUCAUUUCGGUUCCUUACCGAUGUUGAUUAAACCACCACCGCCUAGUCCGGAUGUAAGACUUUAUAUUUCUGAUGAAAUAUUUGAUAAAAUAUAG